GGCAGUUAAGUGGAUGUUGACAGGUGGACUAAACAACAAUCGUGCGACAGUGUCUAAAAUUAGCAAACAAAUGGAAGCCAAACAGAAACACACACGUAAAUGGAUUUGAAGAGACAAUGAAACCAGUUUUUCGGUUCGAUUGGGGCCACAGCCUCCGUCCCUCGUCAUCCAGAUUCCAAUUAGUUUUCCAUUUUUGUGCCCCGCGGCAUUUGCCAGGCUAAUCAGGGGACUCUUGACUCCUAGACGCGACACAAAUUCAUUUGUUCCAUUUGUCUUCAUUUCCCCGAGGCGACGACGACACCUCGUCGAUAAAUCAGGACGAGCGUCGCGGUUCUGUCCUCCAAGGACCUCCUCUGCUAUUUGUUUUUGGUUUUCGAUGUUCGAAAUACCGGAUAAUUGAUUUUACAACACCCCCUCACACUCGUACACACGUGUACAUAGACAGUCAUGGAACUCGCGGCACAGCAUCCCUAGGAUUUUGUUUUUGGGUUGGAAUUGUCUUUUGGGAACCGCGGCAGCUUAGGAGAUUUAAGAGGCAGGUACAUAUGUGCAUUCGAAUGCCUAAAAUGAAACCAAAAGCGCGAAGACCAGUAGUAUACACAGAUCAAGUCGAAUGAGUGAGCGAUAUUUCCUGAAAACAGUGUCUAAGGGUAGGUAGAGGUAGGUGAGAACCGGGAGAGCAGAGGCUCGACAGCUACCUGAGGGGUUCUGGGUCUACUUCACCACACAGGUGAGGGUAGAAAAAUAGAACCACUUACUAUAUAGAAUUCUUCUUCAGGCUGGGAGAGUGAGAACAUAUUUAAGAAGCUGUUGUGAAAAUUUUAAAAUUAUAAUUUAAAAAAUUAAUGCAUUAUUCCAUGAGCUGUGUACUGUCCUCUAUAGCAUCUCUGUCAAGAACUUAACAACACAACCCUUACUGUACGAUCGGGGUUGAUCGGAAUGAGAUUUAGGAGAAAAGAGAAACCCAGAUCCCGAGAGCCUGUUCGACGACAAUGGAAUCACUUCCCGAAUCUCUUCUCAGUUUGUGUUUGAAACACGCGACGCGCACAACGGAAAGUCCUGCCGUAAAAACCCAAUCGAAAUCGGAAAACUUGUGUCCCGCGAGGGAAAUACAUGGUCCCACAAAGAAGUUCACAGAAUAGAUCAUAUAAAAAUCAAGGAAAUAAUAAUGGAGCGCCGCAAGGCUCUUGGAUCAUAUGCCAAGCUCAGAGACCAGCAGGCGAUGGCGAUGGCGGAAGCGGAAGCGGAAGGAGAACCAGCCACUCCGGGGAAGGACAAUGAGAGCGGCGACUCGAUGCCCGCCCUGCGCCGCUCUCACUCGGUCCGCUCCUCCCUCCGGCGGCUGAAGAGCAAGCUGCACAGCCCCGCCCUGCCGCUGCAAUCGCCCUUCAAGCUUCGACCCCAGCUGCACAUGCGCAGUCGCAACGCCAGAUCCGCGACGCUGGACAAGAGCCGGGCGGCCAAGGCACUGCGCAUGCUCACCGAUCUGGACAAGGUGGCCGUGCUAACCACCAAAGUGAAGGGAAAGAACGAGUUUGUGCCCCUCAAAAGGGAGAUGAACCCCCCAGCCGGCGACCAGGAGGAGCUGGGCAUCGAACGACUAAUGAGCACUCUGCCAGUAGGUGUCACGCUCCCGCGAAAGGCCUGCAAGCUCCUACAGAUCCCCGAGAGCUACUGUCGUCCCCCUGGCAUGGAAAGAGCUCCCAAGGCGACUGUGGACUCUGACCUGGAGCGCAGUCUCAACGGCGAGGAGUCCAAUGGAGUGCUGGCGGACAUCACGAGGAAUGCCCAGCAGGGAAUCUACGGAACGACGCGCAUGCGCACUGCUACCAUCAGGAAGCCGAUGCCCUACUUGAACAGUCACAAUAUAUUGCCCAAAGAUAAACGUGACAGCGACAUCGACAUCGAUAGCGUUAAGUUGCGUGAGAAGCGUGAAAUUACGAGCUCCGGAAAUAACAACAAUAACGAGGACACCUAUCCCACCUACUACCCGGCGCCGCUCCUCUCCACCAGCCGCUGGUCCGAGCAGCUCACCCAACAUGCGACGGUAGCCAAGAUUCGCACCGCCAUCUCCUGCCACUCACAGGAUCUCAAGGAAAUGGAAUUCCUCCUGCCCCAGGCGCGAUCCGAUGCGCAGUCCCAUGCUCAUGCCCAGUCGCAGUCGCAGCUCUGCAUUUCGAGGCAUUCCCAGCCCAAGAACGCCAAGCUACGGGAUGACCACGAGGACACCGGAUCCUCGUCGCCGGACUCCCCGACCCUGGGGGCCGGAGAUGAGAACGCAUCCGCCAACGGCCAGCAGCUGUCGGUGCACAGGCAGCCGGUGCAGCUGCGAAGCAAGAAUCCAGGCAACACUCCCCAUCCGCGAGCCAGCAAAAUGUCCAAGAAACAGCUGAAGCUGGCCCAAGCCCAGCUGGAUAAGCUGACGCAGAGCAAUCUGCACCUGCAUGCUCUGUUCUCGGCGGUGGAGCACGGCCAUCUGGAGAAGGCGCGAACUAUCCUAGAAUCAACUGAUGUGGAUGUCAAUAGCAUCAACAGCGACGGUCUAUCCGCCCUGGACCUGGCAGUUCUAAGCAAUAACCGCUCCAUGACCAGGAUGCUCCUCCAACACGGCGCCAUCGAGGGCUCUCAAUUCUCCGUGGACACCAUUGGCACGAAACUAAACGGCUUGCUCAAGGACGCCGAGUCCCGCAUCCACGAUCUGAGUGGACCGGAGGGCCUCUGCCCCCCCAUCUUUGCCUCGCGUCCCUCCAUCUCGAGCAUCAUAAUUGGCAACUCGAGCGCCUCGGUCACCGGGUGCACGGGCAGCGAGGUGGAGAAGCAGAUUGGCAUCUGGGAGAGGCGGGUGAAGGGACUGCGCCGCCUGCAGCUCGGCUGGGAUCAGGCCAGGCCGCCAGAUGCACCCGCCUCCGUGGUCGUCGACGUCACCGGCGACAACUCCAUCAGCGUCCAGAUCCUGGAACCCUUUGAGGGAGCAAUCGGCACGAAAUUCAAAGUUCAAUGGUCAACCCGCGCGGACUUCAACAACGUCGUGGGCGAGAGCGAGCUGCUGGAGUGGGUCAGCUUUCACGGCACAAUGGGUGCCCAGUGCCACAUAUCGGGCCUGACCCAGGGACGCCGCUACUUCCUUCGCGCAGCCUGCGGCAACGUCAAGGGAUGGGGCGCCUACCGAAAUUCGGUGCCCGCCAGCGUGGUGCCCUCGACCUGGCGGGAUUUGGACAAUCGGGAGGACCGUUUUGUGGGCCGUCACCGCAUCCUGGACAAUCUGUUUACCGCCGUGCGCUUGGCCCGACCCGCCGAUGUCUCCGAGCUGACGCUAGAUCCCACGAGCGGCCAACGCCGCAACCCGAAAAAGAAAACCACCAUCAAGCAGCUCUUCUCGGUGACCUCAAAAUUCCAAAAGACCCUGAGACGUGGCAUUUACUUUUCCUGCAUCGUCCAGUGCGAUGACAAAGUGCUGGUGACCAGUGAGGACUUCCCGCCCGUCAUCGAGGUGGACGAGACCUAUCCCAGUGCCCUGUACAUGGACUACUACUGGCUCAUGAAGGUGGCCUGCACCUGGGACGAUGUUAAGUCGCUUAGGACCGACAUGGAGCGGAAUCUCACCUCCGCCGUUCACUUCCGCACGAAGCUCUUGUCGGCCGUCUGCCAGAUGCAGAGCGCCCUCGGCUUCACGGAUCUGGGCCAGCUGUACUACAAGCCCUUGAGGGAUGCCCAGGGCACUGUGGUGCUCACCUGCGUACAGUCGGUUAAGAGUCAGAAAGCGGUAUCCAUCCUCAACUCUCGGUGGCUGCCAGUCAGCAAGCUGCAAAAGAAGCUGGGAGCCCUGCACGAGGACUACACCAUCAAUGAACUGCUAAUAUCAUCAAUUGGAGAUCAGUUGCACUACCAGCAGGCGGCACUCCAGCGCCUAGAGCCUGGUCUCUAUCUGGGCUACCUGAAAAUGCAGUGCUCCAUGGACCAGAUCCAGGUGGUGGUGCCGGUGAAGACUCCCAAUGUCUUGCCCCACUGCAAGGUGCGCGAGAACAGCCACAUCACAGCCGAAGAAUGGCAGGUGCUCCACCGCUGCAACGGCGAUCCGCUUCGUUUGCCGUUGGACUUCAGCGCCCAGGAGAAGGAGGCAGCUGGCGGAGCAGCUACGACGGAGGUUCAGCGCCUGUUCCUCUACGAUCUCACCAAUGCAAUGCACAAACUGUUUGCCAGCAUGAACAUCAAGGCUGCGGAUGCGGCCACCCACCGCCUGUACGACGUCGAGGUCAUCGAGCACAGCCCGGAUAUUAGUUUCCUGGUGGUCUGUCCCUCGGCCGAAGCCUCCUGCGCCGUGCCUGGUCAGUCGGAGCUGCUGCUGCAAAGGGACGACCUGGCAAGCCUGAGCAUUCAGGCGUUCGAGAUGAUCCACCUGCGCACCUACCAGCCGGCGAUAAUACAAAAGUACGCCCGCCUCUCCUGCAUCCUGGAGCUGGACACCGGACUGGCCACGCACUCUCUCCGGGAAGCCUUCUCCAGCAGCGAACUGCAGGCGGCCAAGGAGCGACUGGCCACCCUGCAAGAACUAAGUACAAGCCUGAAUCUGGUCUGGAAGAGUGUGCGCUGGCUGAUGGAUGUGGUGGCCUACGCCCGGAACAAAAGCGCCCAGCCCUCGCUGGCCAUGCGAGAGAUCCUUGACUUCACCCAGCAGCGGCAGGAAGAGUCCGCAGUAACCAACUCCGCCAGCAAACAGCUCCUCCAGCUACCCAUUCGUGAGAGUAAAUUCACCAAAGCUGGAACGGGACGAGGCAGCUGGCCAGGACCCGGCACCAGUGAGGAUCAGGCGCAGGCCAAGCCAGAGCACUCGAAAUCCGAACAAAACUUGGGAUUAACGGCUAUUACUCCGGUGGAACCUUCUGCCAAGCAAAUGCAGCAUCCCCAGCAACAGCAACAGCCGCCCCAGACUCUCCAGCAGCAGCAACAACUGCUGCAAGUGUCCACUACCAGCGAGUACGCGGGCUCCAUGUGCUCGGAUGUAUCCUUGCGGAAAAAUAGCGGCGACUCCAUAAGCUCUACGUAUACGGCGCGUAGCUUCUACUCCGCCGUUGACUCUGCCUCGGACGGGAAUAGCACCAACAGCGUGUUUGCCAUUCCGCCCUCGCGCUCGGAUGAUACCCUGGCGGAUGCACUACGUCACUCGCAGACGGUAGCUGCUCAGCGGAAGCGUACCAGCUCCAAUAUAGGAUCCCACCCCACUCCGCUCAUUACGGUGCACAGUUCCAGUUCGGCGCCGUAUCUGGCUGGGUCGAGUGUCUCGCUGAGGAGCGGAAACGGAGCCUUCGCCACGGACCUGGAGCAUAAGCCCCUGAAGCCCGCGACCAAGGCGGCCUCCAGUGCGAAUUUGCGCGAAGGUGGGCCCUAUUUAAAGAGUACUCUGGCCGAGCUGAGAGCAGUGGGUGGCGAAGAACCGGUGGCUAGCACAUCGAAAGCAUCGUCCACCAAAAGCCUGUCCCGGCAGAGCAGCGAGGAGGACACGGCGAGCUGUUCCAGCCUCAAUACGGAACAGACGUCGGGCAUUAUCCAAGUGUACACCGCCUACAACACGGGCCUGGCUAGUGGAACCAGUCUCAAGCUGCACGUGACUCCCAAGACGACCGCCCGCGAAGUGAUCAACCUGGUGGUGAAGCAGCUGAACAUGGCCGUGGUGCUGAAGGGCAACAACGGGCCCAUCUACGGACCGGAGACGCUGGAGAACUUCUGCCUGGUGGCGGUGAUAGGAGCGCGAGAACGAUGCCUACGGGAUGACUUCAAGCCCCUGCAGUUGCAGAAUCCGUGGAAGAAGGGGCGCCUCUACGUUCGCAAGAAGCACGAGUUGCUGGCCGCCAUUGAGCACUCCAACCGGAAGUCGCACUUGAUCUAAACACCCGGCACAGGAGACAUCAUGAUACAUCUCCAGAGGUUUAAGUUUCUUAUCGGUCGGUUGCAAGGCUUGAACAUUAUUUCGUUUCGGUUUUUGGAUACCCCACUCCAAAGUUCUCCAAACUUCCCCAAUGAUCAUUGACCAAUUCCCGUAUUAGACUGAAUUACCUAAGUAUGCCGCACCGGCAAACUGAUGAAAUUGUAUUUGAAAUGGUAUUAUAUUUUGAGUAGUUAUACAUCCGACAUUACCUAAUCAUAGACCCACUCAAAAGCGCGAAUCAGACUAAAAAGAAGAUUGUUGUUAGUUGUUAUAGAGUAAAGAAGGUUACAUCCGUACAUGAAUAUUAUAGAAUGUAAGUUAUAUAUAAAUAUUACGCGUGCAUCAAUGUAUUUUAUUGUAUAUGUAUUUUGUAGUUUAGUAAACAAAUGUUUUGAUUGUA